AACUUAAAAAGGGUUGGGGCAGUGGCAGUCCCAUCAUCAUUAGCAGCUGCAACUUGCGGUUUGUGGGUAUUGAGAGGGAGAACAAAGAGAAUCAGAAUCUCUUCCCAUCAUAAAUUCAGCAAGAAUGGGGUCCGCCUCUGCUGCAAAUCCAGCCGCCGCCAUUUCCACUGUGUUCGUGUACGGCAGCCUCCUUGCUGACGACGUUGUUCGUGUCCUCUUGAACCGCGUACCCCCUUCUUCCUCCGCCAUCCUGCAUGAUUACCAAAGGUUUAGCAUCAAAGGGCGCGUUUAUCCUGCCAUUUUGCCUGCAGAAAACAAGAAAGUUAUUGGGAGGGUACUCAUCGGCAUCACUCCUCCCGAACUUCAUAUUCUGGAUGAGUUUGAGGACAAUGAGUAUGAAAGGAAGACUGUCAAUGUCUUUUUACAGGACACUGCUGAGAAGUUACAAGCCUACACAUAUGUCUGGGAAAACAAGACUGAUCCAAACUUACACGGUGAAUGGGAUUUUGAGGAGUGGAAAAUACUGCACAAGGAUUAUUUCCUGAAAAUGACAAAGGGUUUUAAGGAAGAGAUGAAGCUACCUGAUUCAAACACAAGAGUUGCAACCUACGAAUCCUUUUAUGAAGGGAAAGAUAGUGGUCCUCCCCAUUCUUAAUAUUCAUUUUUUAAUUUAUAAUGACUCUUCAUAGGAGCUAGCAUGCUUGCUGUAAUAAGUAUAUAUGAUCUCCUGGAACUCUGAUUUUCUAGUCCAACUGUUGGGGUUCUGUCUAUCAUUGACUUUGAAAGAGAUUGAAGAACAGAAUUCCAAAGUUGUUUCCUUCCCAUUCAUCAAAAUGUAUAAUCAUUUUGUUUUACAGUAUA